AUGGCGCUCCCAGCAGGGCCUUACCGCCGCGCUUUUAACAUCUCCUCCCCUCCAAAACCGCUGCCGUCCCAGCCUCGCAGUGGACCAGUCAUCAGAGCCAGCGAUCCAGACUGGGCGUCAUGGCCAGAGAUCACCGUGAAGGUGAUGCGCUUUCCGCGGAACGUCCAGCCGCUUGACGUGUACAAGGUUCUAGUUCAGAAUGGCCUGGCGAGCACAGUCACAAGGAUCGAGAUUGCUAGACAAUCAUCAUCAGAUGGUGCAGCGUACGUGACCUUCGACCCUCCACCAGCAAGGGCAUUCUGGCAGGAGCGCAUCGGAUACUAUUCCGAACAAUCCAACGACUUCAAAGAGCUGAGGAUCGAUCUUCUGAGCAAGAGACGCGUGUUCAUGCACCGUAGCCCAAUCGAUCCCGACCGCGAGUAUCCCGAGCGUCUGGCCCUGUUCGCAGAGCAGAUUGACUUCGGCUUCAUGGUCGCCCAGAGUUCGGUGAUGAUCAUGAAAACUGUCCUAAAUACGGAAUCAUCACGGAUCAAGCUCGUGCUUGAUCUUCAGCGCAAAGAGCUAUGCGUCGAAUUCUCCCUAAAAGUCGCACCGGCAGAGGAAGGUGACCGGUACCGCUUCCGCAUCCCAUUCUCGAAGAUGGGACGACUGCAGGAAAACACACGCAGCCCCGAUCAGCGAGAGCUGGUCCUCUCCCUACCAUCCCCUCCAGCCUUCUUCUACAAAACUCGUGAUAUCGAAUCCACCUUCGACAAUGGAAGUCACUGGAACGAACGCAGUGCAUGGAUACGCGAGACUGAUAUUGUCGAGGAUCGUGCGGUCGUUAACAAGCAGCCAGUUACUCUGAAGAACGAAUGCGCUGUCAUCGACCUAGGUCGCUGGACAACGUACCGCUUCAUCUUUGAUGCGGCGAAGUGCAACAAGGCGAAUUACAGCCUGAUCAUAGACGCCUUAGCCGACUACAAUAUCCCAACGGUUUCCGAUGCAGAUAUUUCCUACGUGCGUCGAGCGGAACCGACCAUCUGGAACCUGUUCGAAGACCAGCCUGAUUCUGAUAACAGUGCCAGUUCGGCGUUGGCCGGCUUUGGCCACUUGAACUUCGAAGUGAGAUACCAGCUCGAAGUGUGUCUGUCUCACGGCUACCUCAACGAGCAUAACCUCAGCCGAGAAUUUAUCCACCGCCUCGCCGGUCUAGGACCUUCUGUCGCGCAAGCUACGCUUGAGAAGGUUGCAGAUCUAAAGCAUCGGUUUUAUGACCCCAUGGACGUCUUCAAGAUCCAUGUUUCGGGAGGUUCGGCCCGUAAGAAGAUACCGCCCUAUUGUUGCUAUGCACGCGCUGCGACUGUGACGCCCACCAUGAUCUACUACGCUUCUCCGACCGUCGAGACAUCAAACCGGGUCAUUCGAGACUACAGUAACAUGGAAGAUCGCUUCCUACGAGUCAAGUUCACUGACGAGAAGGACGAGGGUAGGCUUAAUGGCAGGAGUGAUCAUGAGCACGACGAGAUCCUACGACGCGUCAAGCGCACCAUGAAAGAGGGCAUCAUCAUUGGAAAGCGCCGCUAUGAGUUUCUUGCGUUCGGUAACUCUCAGUUCCGCGAGCACUCCGCCUAUUUCUUCGCCCCAAAACCUGAGUGGGACGCAGACAAUAUUCGCAUAAAUAUGGGCACGUUCCGCCAUAUCCAAGAGGUGGCAAAGAACGCUGCCCGCGUGGGCCAGUGCUUCUCAACUACGCGUGCUGUGAGGGGCAUGAAGGUAAAGAUUAAGAAAGUGGACGAUGUCUCGGUUCAGUACAACGGCGAGCCUCUGAUUUUUACCGACGGAGUUGGCAAGAUUUCUCUGUUCCUUGCUCAAAUGAUCUCGUCCGAAUUUGGCUACCCCAACGCGUUCGAUGAUCCGCCAUCAGUAUUCCAGUUCCGGUUGGGUGGCUGCAAGGGCAUCCUUGCAGUAGCUCCUGACGCAGUGGCUACGGAAGUUUACAUUCGCAAAUCGCAGUACAAAUUUCCUGCAAUGCAUGAGGGUCUGGAGGUUAUCAGGGCCUCCUUCUUUGCGACAGCGACGCUGAACCGACAGAUCAUCCUCGUCCUUACUGCUCUCGGUGUUCCAGACGGAGUCUUCCUCAAGAUGCAGCAGAACAUCCUAGCAGACUUCGAAGUUGCGAUGCGGAAUAGCACGGUUGCACUCCGUCUCCUACAGAAGAAUAUAGAUGCGAACCAGAUGACCCUCGUUAUAGCUUCGAUGGUCUUGGAUGGCUUCAUGAGUUCGACCGAGCCAUUCAUGAUGUCAGUCCUGCAGCUAUGGCGAGCCUGGACCAUCAAGUUUCUGAAGGAGAAAGCCAGAAUCUUCGUCGAGAAUGGAGCUUUCCUCUUUGGCUGCAUAGAUGAGACCCUCACGCUGAAGGGCCAUGUUGAGCCGAAAGACCCGGACGAGGUUUUGUCGAGAGCACAAAGGCUGGCAGCGCUGCCCGAGGUCUUUCUGCGGAUCUCCGACCCAAGCAACAAGGGUGUCUACCGCGUUGUCGAAGGUGUCUGCAUUCUUGCUCGUAAUCCUUCGCUCCACCCAGGGGACGUCCGUGUAGUGCUCGCUGUCGACGUGCCAGGCCUGUAUCACCUGAAAAACGUAGUUGUCCUCCCAUGCACAGGCGAUCGCCCUCUGUCAAACAUGUGCUCGGGCGGCGAUCUCGACGGUGAUGAUUACCUUGUGAUGUGGGAUCCCGAGCUCAUACCCGAGGAGAUCAACCAUCCUGCCAUGGAUUUCACUGGAGCUGAUCCCAUUCGUGUGGAUCGCGAGGUUACUGUUGAUGACCGUAUCGAUUUUUUUAUCACGUACAUCAAGAACGACAACCUCGGAAGGAUUGCUCAUGGUCAUCUUGCCCAGGCGGACUUCUGCGAAGCGGGCGUGAAGGAUCCUAUAUGUCUCGAACUUGCUGAAUUGCACUCAACGGCUGUCGACUUUCCAAAAACUGGCGUGCCCGCAAAGAUGUCGAGGGAGCUGGCGCCCAAGAAUUGGCCACACUUCAUGGAGAAGAAGCAUAAGCCGAAGGACAAGAUAUAUCACUCAAAGAAGAUUCUUGGGCAGCUAUAUGACCAGGUCGAACGUGUUGACUUCAUUCCCAAGUACGACCUGCCGUUUGACGAGCGCAUCCUCCGCGCAUAUCAGCUCAGCGUCAACAUGCUCCAGCAAGCUGCGGAUAUCAAAGUUCUCUAUGAUGCCGCUGUUCGACGGAUUAUGGCAAAGCACACAAUUCGUACCGAGUUUGAAGUUUGGUCGACCCUAGUCCUGGAUCACAACCGCGAGGCCGGCGACUACAAGUUCUCCGAGGACAUGGGGUAUAUCACGAAAUCGCUCAAAGAUCGCUUCAAAGAUCUGUGCAUUGAGAAAGCCGGAAGCAGGGACUUUGAACAGCUCGGUCCUUUCGUUGCCGCCAUGUACACUGUCACUGCGCGCGAGAUGAAUGCCGCUCUUGACGAAUGCCGUGCGGUUAAAGAAGUCGCUGGCCGCGAGAUCCCAGUGCGGAAGAUGGACGUUGAGUCUAUGCCCUUCAUGAGCUUCCCUUGGCUCUUCGUCAGCGAACUCGGCCGCAUCGCGCAUGGAGGAGCUGCUAGUCAAGGACAAAACCUUGUCACUUUGCAGGCUGUGCAAAGGAUGAAUCCAACUAAGAAAGACGGUCCAGGUAUCCAGGAACAAGGCGAGGAAGAGUUGCUGGCACUGUUUGACGACGCUCCUGGUUUAAGCGGACACCACGCUGUACCUGCCAAACGCCUUCCCAAUAAAGACGCACCUAACUCGAGCAACCCGCAAGUCGUAGCAGAGAAACACUUGCUGGACGAAGACGCUCCCGGUUCUAUCGGAGGGCACGCUGUGACUCCCGAGGAUACAGAUGAUGACGAUUCCAAUUGGAGCGCACCACAGCCUGUAGCAACCAACUACCCUCUUGGAGGAGACGCACCCAGUUCAAGCCCACUCCAAGCUGCUCCAAUUGACACUCUUAUCGAUUCUGAUGAAGACACAACUCAUUCAGUGGAACUGCGUCCUAUCACGCAGCAACUUCUCGGCGUGGACCGCAUUAAGAUGGCCGACCGUUGUGUCGAAGGCCGCGCUCGGAAGGAGCCCCGUCGUCGGAAAUUUGUGCAUACGGUUGACACUUUCGAUACCAUAGUCCGGGCACAGGAUGCAAUGGUCCUCCAGAGGCAGCAGGCUUGCAACGUCCAUGAAGCUCGCUCCAAUGAGACUGAGGGUCAGGAAAAACUUCCUCUAUACGGACUUACGGAGCCUUCGGAAAUGGCCGAGUACCCUAGCCACGCGACUGGCCAACGCUCCGCAGUCUUGAAUCCAUUAGGAGUCAUGACUGAGGACGAGGAGGAUUUGAUGAUCUUCGAUGACGCUGUCAAGGAGGACAAGCCUGCGGCGCCUGAAGUUGUGGUUAAGUACUCUAUAGAGAAGGCGAACCCAUCCUUCAAUCGCCUGAGGGCUUUUGGACCUGAGGGCGAAGAUAGAGUUGAUUUACUGGAGAUUGAUGGUGUUGUCAACCAGGCCAAGUCGGACUCCUUGGCUUAUGAUGACGAGGAACAAGUUGUGAUCGAUCUGGAUUCCAAGCCUUCUGCCUGGGACAAGCUCGAGAUGCUUUGA